AUGGUUUGGAACAUCUCGCACGCUGUCCUUGGAAUGAUUGCCACUAUCGCGAUUCAAAGAGCGUUGUUUAAGCUCUUGAUUGCUUGCUUUUUGUCUACAGAAUUUAAGCACGAUGAGACUAAUCGAGCUUGGUGGACUGGGAAAUGGUAUGGUCGGAAAUUGGGAGCGCACGCUUGGUCACAGCCUGUGCAAGAAUUCAUUUUCAAGAUCGUCGAGAUGUCAUUGUUUAGUGCGGAUCUGUUAACAUGUCACUUUGUGUUGAUCAUCUUAUCGGUUCCACUCUUGAUUCCAUUCUCGAACCGAUCACAUCUGACAAUGUUAUUCUGGUUGAGACCAAGUAAACAGAUCCGACCUCCAAUCUUUUUGUUCAAGCAAAUAGCUCAAAGACGAAAGAUUGUGGCCACCUAUGGUGUCUUUUAUGCAAUCAUCAUCGGUAGCUUAAUCACCUUUAUUGUAAGUUUUUCUUUCUUGAGAGCUUCUUGGUCAACAUGA